GCGGUAACACAUGGGGAUCCUCCGCGGCAGGAGCAUCAUGAAAAAAAAGAACAUGAUGUCAUCGAAGCCGCAGCCGGAGCAGCAGGCGCCUGGCGACUCUGCACCCCCCAACUCUCCUGUCAACAACCCGGGCCUGGUCAUCGACGGAGGCGGCGCCGAAGAGGAUUUCGACGACAAGACGGGCGGCAGCAAGAGCCGCCGGCAAUCGAGCCGGGAGCGACAGCGACGGCCUCAUCGCGGCUUAUCGAGGGGCGUGAGCGCAGCGAUGCUCAAGCAGGGGACGGAUGAGCCCGAUCCAGGCAUGUUCGAUCGCGGCCCUCAAACCCCGGAUUUCCAGCAGGGCUUUUCGCAGGAUCAACCGCAGGCGGCGGGCGAGGUCGCGGUUCCCUCGGGGGCCCCGCGGAUUCAUGAGUGGCACGUCGAGCGCAAGGAAGCGGUGGCCGAGGCGUGCGACUCCCUCGGCAUCGGUAGCGGCAAGAGCGAGUUCUUCGAGAUGCCGCGGGUGGUCGGGAUGUCCGGGCCCGGCGGCUCCGGCAAGUCCACGUUGGCCUCGAUGGUCAUCGCGCGACAGGACGUCCGCGAGUACUUCUACAAGGGCGUCCUGUGGCUCCCGGUAGGAGAGGGGGCCAAGCACUGCCUGCCCGAGCUGAUGCUUCACCUCGCCCGGAUGGUGUACGAGACGGUGCUGCGGAAGGCCUGCCGCCCGCCCCGGUUAGCCGGGGUCGGCGUGGACCCGGAGGACGGCGCCGGCUACAUCCACGAGGUCGUGAACGAGAGCAACCACCGGUUUCUCGUCGUGGCCGACGACGUCCGCGAGCCCGAGGUGCUUGAGGAGCUCAAGUGGGCCGGCGUCUGGGUGCUCUACACCUCCCGCCGAGACGACCUGCUGACGGGGGCCCCGCUGCUGAGACUGGACGCGGUCACGAAGGAGGAGGGCGGUAUGGUGCUGAGACGGGCGGCGGGCCUAGGCGACGACGCGGCCCUCCCGCCAGCGGCACACGAGCUCAUGCAGCGCUGCGAGUACGGCGCGAUGCAGCUGGCCUUCGCCGGUAGGUGGGGCGUGGUCCGCGGCAGGAGCGACGAGGAGGCCUGGCGGGCGGCGCUGGGACACAUCGCGGAGGCCCAGAAACGGGGCGGGAACGGUCGGUUGCUGGCCUGGCGCGAUGCCAUGCUGCGCAUCGGCCCGGACGAGCUCGAGGCCGACUCCCUGCACACGAAAGAGCUUUACCUGUCCCUGGCGAUACUGCCCAAGGGACUGGCCUUUCGGUCCAAGGUGGCCGCGGUGUUGCUCUACGGCGACGAGUGCUCGGCGGACGAGCUGGAGGCCGCGGGGAAGGCGCUGGAGACGCUCGAGCGCUUGUCGAUCCUCACGCUGGAGGUAGGCGGGAAGUUCCGCGUCCACGAGGUCCACGCGGACUUCGUCCGCGAGUGCGAGGUGACCAACAAGGACGAGCGCGAGAUGGCGCUGGCGCGGUGGCGAGGGUACGCCUCCGACCUGAGGGCCCUCAGCACGUACUCGAGCGUGUGGCUGGUCAAGAUCUGGGACAUGAUCGCGCAGGUGGAAGGGACGGGGCCCGUGGCCAGCCCGUACGACGCGGCGUUGAACAGGGUAGACCCGUCGAGCCCCAAGCUGCCCAAGGCCCUGAAACGAGCGGCCCGUUUCCACUGGCGGCGGGAGGACAGGCUGGAGGCCUACACCAAGCAGUACCAGCUGAGGCUGAUCGAGGAGACCGCGACGGGGGGGCCCAGCAGUCUGGCGGUCGCGAAAACCCUUCACAUCCUCGGCAUGUGCGUCUACAAGGCGGGCCGCAAGGAGGAAGCCGAAGACAACUACCAGAGAGCGCUGGCGAUUUUCAGGGAGAGGCUUGGCCCCGACCACCUGGAGGUGGCGCACACCAUGUACGAGCUCGGGCGCUGCUUCUACACGGCCGGGCGCACGAAGGAGGCAGAGAAGUACCUCCGGCGGGCCCUGGCCAUCGAGGAGGAGAAGCUAGGCCUUCACCAUCUGGACGUGGCGAGCACCCGGUACCAUCUCGGCGUGUGCCUCUACAGGGCCGGGAAGAUGGAGAUGGCCAAGGAGACUCUGCGACCGGCGCUGGCCAUCUGGGAGGGUCACCCCUCAGGCGACAGCCGCAACGUCGCCCACGCCCUGCACUCGCUCGGGCUGUGCGCCCUCAAGACGGGGCGGACGGAGGAGGCCGAGGGGCUGCUCAGGCAGUCUCUGGGCAUCCGGGAAGACCUGGACCCGAACCACGCCGACGUCGCGAGCACGCUGCACUACCUGGGGGCUUGCGCUUCCGAGGACCGGCGGACGGGAGACGCCGAGAAGCUGCUCCGCCGCGCGCUCGCCAUCAGGGAGGAGAAGCUCGCGCCCAACCACCCGGACGUGGGGCGCACCCUGCACCGCCUCGGCGUGUGCGUCCACGAGGAGGGCGGUCCGACGGAGGAAGCGGAGGAGCUGCUCCGGCGAGCGCUCUCUAUCAAGGAGGAGCAGCUGGGCACCCACCACCCCAGCGCGGCCAAGACGAGGAAAGCCUUGAACGUUUACGCGCCCCCCCCGAGCCUUGCUGAGAGGUUGACGGUGCCCCUGCUUGUUGCGGGUGGGCUGCUGGGCGCGACUCUGCUGCUGCGAAGUAGGCGAACUGGCCGGUCGUGAGACCUGCACUAACGUGUCUGUGCGUUCGGUGUUGAGUUUUGACUGACGCUUGCUUGCGCCAUUUGGGAACGAGUGCAGAGAGGUUCGCGAAGCCUGCUGGACGAAAACACGUUGUAUGUUGACACCCAUUACCUUGUUGUGCGUUGGGGUGGGCAACAGGAGGAUACAUAUAUUCCGUAGAACGUGCUUGACUGCUGUAUCCGAUGUUUGGAGAUAAUAAGCCAAUGAGUUCAUGUCUAACUGGGCGCUACAGUAUGAAAACUUGCGUUGUUGCAGGAGAUUUAGAUUUUGCACGGGCAUGUGUUGGGGAGUAUGAUAUUUAGGGAUAACCAAUGACAGAUGGAAAGAGACGGGGAGAGCAACAUGCAUGUCAUGUAUAGAGAGAGAGCAAGUAAGUCUGAUCUGAUGCUCUUCGUCAAAAAGUGUGUUAUGAGUAGGAAAUAGAACGGGAAGGUCCUCACGAAGAGGAAUCUUUCGUUUGGGAGCUUUUGAGUAGACAAAAAGAGCUACAGGGAAAAAGUGGGUUUAUUUUUGUGUUGGGAAGAAGUCCCCACGUCGACUUGAACUUUGAAGUGGGAAGCAUGUGAUAAUUUUAGUGAGAUCAGCAGGUGCAAAAUGAGUGAAUGAAUGAUGCAGCUGGUCCUUUGACGGACAGGUAGGCAGGGAGACAU